AUGACAAUUACGGACUAUGAUGCUAUGUUUGAGGAGUUGUCUCAAUUCUGCCCUCAUUAUAAUGGGGUGAAACUGAAGGAUCUAAGUGCAUUAAACAGUCGUGCUAGAUCCAGUCAUUACAAGAGCAUUAGUGACAAGAGAAGUGGUAAUCAGAAUCAUAACAAGACUUAUGAUGUUAAAGAUUCUAAGGGAAAACAAAGGUUUCAACCGAAGACUAUUGGUGUGAAGACUCAAAGUGGGGGAGGUGCUCUUACUCCUGUUAGGUGUUUCAAGUGUGAAAAGCCCAAGAAGAUUGCUGAUACUAAAGUUCAAGGGAAGGCUUUUGCUCUCAAUGGUGCAGAUGCUUCAGAUUCGGAUAAUAUCAUAAGAGGUACAAGUUUUAUUAAUGGAAUUCCUUUGGUUGCUAUUAUUGAUAUGGGUGCUACGAAUUCGUUCAUAUCUACUAAUUAUGUGAAAAGGCUGAAUCUUGAGGUGUCUUCUAUGAAUGGUCAUAUGGUCAUUGAUACUCCAGCUAAUGGCUCAGUGACUACUACAAUGGGUUGUUUGCAUUGUCAUGUCACUGUUUAUGACAGGGAUUUCAUGAUUGACUUAGUGUGCUUACCGUUAAGUCAACUCGAUAUUAUCUUGGGUAUGAAUUGGUUGACAUUCAACCACAUCUACAUUAACUGUUACAAUAAGUCCGUGGUUUUUCCAGAGUUUGUUGUAGAGGAAGAUUCUAUGUUUAUUUCUUCUAGUCAAGUGGGAAAGUUCUUAAAAGGUGAAGAGAAGGUGUUUUCUAUGCUUUCUUCCUUGAAACUUGAGAAAGAAGAAGUGAUCGGUAAUCUGCAGGUAGUCUGUGAUUUUCCAUAUGUAUUUCCUAACGACAUCAGUGAUCUACCUCCAGAAAGAGAAGUUGAAUUCAUCAUAGAUUUAGUACCUGGUACUAGACCUGUGUCGAUGGCUCCUUAA